AUGGCGAGUCGAUUCUGGGCAGGCAGUUCGUCGUCCGAAGAGGAGAGUGACGUCUCGGACGUGUCGGAUGUCGAGACGACGCAGCAGCAGGCGGCGCGUGCUGCUUCGCGCUGGGCCGUGCAGUCGGACUCGGACUCGGACGAAGAAGUGCGCGUGGUCAAGAGCGCCAAGGACAAGUCGCUCGAGAGCAUCGAGCGCAGCUGCAGUAGCAUCACGAACCACAUGAAGAUCAACGACUGGACGCAGAUCCAGAGCGCGUUUGACGACUUGACAAAGCAACUGGAGCGCGCGAAAAAGACCAUGACGGUGCUGCCGACGUUUUACCUCUCGACGAUGGUCGCGCUCGAGGACUUUCUGGCCGAGAAGGUCAAGAACAAGGCCGAGCAAAAGAAAAUGAACAAGGAGAACAGCAAGGCGCUGAUCCGCAUGAAGGGCAAGCUCAAGAAGGCGCUCGAGCCGAUUCGCAAGCCUGUUGACGACUUUCGGGCGCAUCCAGUGGAGUCGAGUGACUCCGAGUCCGAGAGCGAGUCCGAGAGUGAGUCCGAGAGUGAGUCCAGUGAGAAAUCGGAUUCCAAGUCGUCGUCAGUGGCCUCGUCUUCGGACUCGGACGACAGUAGCAAUGGGGCUGGAUCGGACGACGACAGCAGCGACGAUGACGACAAGUCGGACGCCGACGACGAUUCAGACAGCUCGGACGGUUCGUGGCCAAGCAAAUCGUCGGCUUCGUCGUCGUCUUCGGAAGAUGACGACAACAUGCCCAAAGGCCGCGCGCGAUGGCUGAAGCAGACGCCGGUGGUGACCAAGGCGAAGAAGGUGAAGGGACCUAAGAUCGUCAAGCAGCGCGAGACGCGUCGAGAAUCGGAGGACGGUGUGCAAAAGAGUGUUGUGGAAGAGGAGCUCAAGCUCACUCCGAGCCAGUUUGACCGUCGUGUGAAAGAGGUGGUUGCGAUGCGGGGCAAGCGGGGUAUUGACCUUUCGGAGCAGCUCAACCAGAUGCGGAAGCUGGCCAACUACGCUGGACGUCUUGGCCCUGCCCGCCAGAUCGUGGCCACCAUGUACCUGGUGGGUACGUCUGUGUUUGACACGUCGUCCAAGAUCGACCGCGUCAUGUCAGCGCGUCAUUGGAAGCAGGUGCAGGCCAACAUCUGCACUAUCCUCUCUCUCCUCGAGAAGAACGCGGACUUUUCGCUUGCCCCGUUGACGUCAGAAGAUCAGGCUGACAUCGUGCGUGCUGGCCGCGAGAAGGUCACUGCUGCUCAGAUUGCUGCCGCGGAGGCGGAGGACGCCGAGGAGGACAUGAAUUUUGUGGAUAUGCUGCCACAGGCUGGCAAGAAGGGCACGAUCAAAGUGUCGGGCGAUCUUGCUGCUUUUGUUGACCGUCUGUCGGAAGAGUACACGAAGAGCCUGCAGCAGACCGAUCCGCACACGAGCGAGUACGUUGCUCGUCUGUUUGACGAGAACAUGCUGAUUGAGGUGGCCGAGCGCGUGCAGACAUUCUAUGCGCGCAAGAAGGACUUCGUGCGCGCUGGUACCAUGGCCCUUGUGCGCGCUGAGCUCAUCUACUACAAGCACGACUCGGUCGCGGCGGCCUUGUACGAGGCGCAGGCGAAGCGUGCCAAGUUUGGCGACCCCGUGUUCCUCCACCCUGCGUGCACGAGCACUAGUGCCAGCAAGACGAAGGAGUUUGACGUGUCGAAGGUGCAUCCUGCGUCGGCAAUGGGUCAGCCUACAGUGAAUGUGACCGCGGUGGAUGCCGAGAAGCUGCUGCGUGAAGUGUGCCGCUUUGUGUUCCAGCACGGAGACAUCCGUGCCAAGACUCGUGCGAUGCUGUGCCGCGUCUACCAUCACGCGCUGCACGACCGCUUCCAUGAGGCUCGUGAUCUGCUCCUGAUGUCGCACAUUCAGGACAACAUCUCGGACGCUGAUAUUCCUACCCAGAUCCUGUUCAACCGCAUGAUGGCGCAGCUCGGGCUGUGUGCCUUCCGUUGCGGUCUCAUCUGGGAAGCUCACGCUUGUUUGUCGGAGAUCUGCACGGGCUCGCGCACGAAGGAGCUGCUCGCCCAAGGUCUGCAGUCCUUUCGCUAUGGCGAGCGCGAUAUUGAGCAGGAGCGUUUGGAGCGUCGCCGCCAAGUGCCGUAUCACAUGCACAUCAACCUCGACCUGCUUGAGACGUGCCACCUGGUAAGCGCGAUGCUACUGGAGGUGCCGAAUAUGGUGAACGCGCGUCUGUCCGACCGCAAGCGCAUGGUGUCGAAGGCCUUCCGCAAGCUCCUUGAGUUUCACGAACGCCUUAUCUUCGAGGGUCCGCCCGAGAAUCCGCGUGACCAUGUGGUUGCUGCUGCUAAACUGCUGGCCCAGGGAUCGUGGCAGAAGAGCGCUGAGCUCCUCGUGAGUCUUCCUGUGUGGGACUUGUUUCCGGGUGCCAACGUGAACCAGCGUGUCAAGUCGAUGGUUCAGCACAAGAUUCAGGUUGAAGCCCUGCGGACGUACCUCUUGGCGUUCAGUGACGAGUACGAUUCCGUGAGUCUUGCUCGACUGAUGGAGAUGUUUGAACUUGACGACAAGACCGUGCACAGCGUCGUGUCCAAGAUGAUGAUCAACGAAGAACUGCAGGGGGCCUGGGACCAAGCCUCGCAGGCCAUUGUCUUGUACAAGACCGAGCGCUCGACGUUGCAGACGCUGGCAGUGCAGUACUCGGAUAAGCUGUCGCAGAUUGUGGAGAACAACGAGCGCAUGAUGGACCUGCGCUCGGGUACGGGCAAGGAAGAGUGGGGCAACCGCCGUGGCGGUGCUGACGGCCGUCGUGGCGGUGGCCGUAUUGGGUUUAAUGCUGGCGGUGGUCGUCGUGGUGACAAUCAGAGUGGUCGCGGCGGAUUCCGUCCUCGCCGCGGUGGUGGCGGUGGCGGUGGAGGGGGUCGUGGCUCUCGACAACAACGCCAGUAG